AUUGCUCGUGGAGACAUGCGCAUUUCUCACCACGUGUGAAAACAUGGAGGCACUUGUGCCAUUUUCGGUGACACGAAACGGCGAAUAUGCAUUAUAUUCAAGUCCAGAUGGUGUUUUAAAAUUAUGGGACACUGCUACCGGGACCCUGAGACAGGAAUAUACACCAAGCGCACACCUGUCAGCUACGUGUACCUGUCUGGCAUGGUGUCCAACGGGGUAUAGGUCGGAAAAGCCUAGGAAAAAGAAAAAGAGGAAAUCUAAAGGUGAUACAGUGGACACUCCAGAGGAACAAUCUGAAGACAUUGUGGCCAUAGGAACUACAGCAGGGAAUAUAUUAUUAUACAAUACAAGACUCGGAGACAUACAGACACAAUUGGAUGGUGGCCAUAAUGACCGUGUAAAUGGACUGAGUUGGCAAAGUGAUGACAACAGUUUGUAUAGCUGUUCUAGUGACCACCAUAUUGUUCACUGGGAUGUUUCAAACAACUCUGUCAAACAUAAAUGGAAGGCAGACAAAGGCAGUGUUCAUUCUGUGUGUGUGUGUUCAACCAAUCACCUUUUGUCAGCUGGCAGAACCAUAAAAUUAUGGAAUACACAAACACAUGAAAUGCUUAAAAGAUUCACUGGCCAUUCUACAGAAGUAUUUCGAUUGUUACCUGUACCGUUUACCAUGAAUUUUAAUGGAGAUUCCAUUGAUAAUUUAUAUUUUCUAUCGGCUGCUGUAAAUGACAGAAUUUUAAAUGCUUGGCACACCAAGUCCUCAGAUAAGACUGCUGUAGCUACGUUCUCACUGCCUGAUGAACCAGUGAUGUUUGAUAUCUCCAGAGAGGCAAGGCCGGAUCAGAGUUUGCUGCUGACAGUGGUGACAAAAGCUGGACAGAUUCUUGUGUUUGAGCACACACUGAAUGGGAAGUUAAAGCAACCUGUGAGACCGAAGGUAACAAUACAGGUAGCCACACCUGGAGUUAACGAGGAAGUACCACGGCCAAUCCCUAUUCUUGCUGUACAUAUCUGUGAUGACAAAAGCAGCAAUAUUUUAUUGGUUCAUGGAAACUUCUUAAAACCUACAUUUGAAAAAUUGCCUUACAAGAACACAGACUCUGACAUAUGUUUGAUACGACAGGAUAAAUCCAGAGUAUCACUCAAAGUGGAGGAGUCCACUGUUACUAAGAUAAAGACACCAGAUGUAUCUAAAGAUAUGACAGUUCUGGUACCCGAGCUAAUGGCACCAAGUGUGCCAUCAGUAGCACCAGGGAAACGACACAAGAGGAAAACAUCUACAUCAGAGAUGACGAUAGAAGCACGCCUUAAUGCUAUUGGUAUGGGGGCUUCCAAGACGGAAAAGGCAGCGAAGACUCCCCCUAAAACAGAUGGUCUAGCCAGGCUUCUGACCCAGGGGCUACAGAGCAAGGACUCCAAGAUCAUCAGUAGUGUGCUAAACCAGAAUGACCUGAUGAUAGAGAAUACAGUAAGGAGAUUGCCUGUCCAGUCGAUCAUCCCACUCGUACAACACCUUACGGGACUGAUGCAGGGACGGGCUGCCGGUUCCCACAAGCUGGUGAAAUGGAUUAAAAACAUCCUGGUGGUUCACACGUCCUAUUUGAUGACGUUCCCUGAAGUGGUGGAAAUCUUUAGUUCUCUUUACCAAUUGAUGGACGCCAGGACAGCUGCCUUCAGUCGACUCUCAAAACUACAAGGCAAACUUGACCUCAUUCUGUCACAGAUAACGACACAGGAGCAACACCAAGAGGAGACGUUGACGGGACAGAAACCACUGUUAAUGUACCAGGAGGAAUCGUCCGAUGAUGAUGAUAUGGUACUAGAUGUUAACAGCCAGUCGGAUUCUGAUGAUAACCUUGACUUGUUUGACCUUGAUGAGCAAGAAACUGCUGGUGAAGAUGUAGUCAAGAAUGGUGAAGAUGAUAUGGAGACGGACGGUUAACACCAGGACAUUAAUUACUCAUAUGUGUUAUUGAUGAGAGUGUAUUGAUCAGACAUGAACUGUGAAAAGAUCGGCGAAGGAUCGGCAAGGAUCGGCAUCUUACGGCUGUCAAAAGACCAUACUGUAUAAUGGACAUUUUAGUUCUCCUUCCUGAAGGUUCAUAUUUUUAAGGUUCCAUAUGAAAGAAGAAUUUGACAAAAGUAUAAAAGACACAAUGUUGAAAAUGUACAAGUAUCCAAUGUAUACUUGUAAAAAUAAAACUACUGGCAUGGACAGUGAACAAUGUUGAGGCUCUUUUAAUGAAUAUUAAUGUGACUAUGUUUGAUGCUCACAAUAGCAGCAUGAUAAAUGUGUGACCAAUACAGGCCCAAUUAGCCUCUUGUUCCUUUCUUUGUUGGCUGUAGAGCUAUUUUAAAACCUUCGGAAGACUAAUACAGUUAUGAUACAUCAAUAUUUGUACAGAUUAAUUGGCAAGAAGUCUGUCGGAUCUCGCAUAUGUCCUGGGUUGUAAACUCAUCAAUUAGGUGUGACGUUCCCCAUCGUCUGGUUUUGGCCGACCAUGUCAUUGUCUGGUACAGUUUGGACAGGCCAGAUCAGUGUCUGGUAAAGUUUGGGCAGGCCAGGUCAGUGUCUGGUAAAGUUUGGGCAGGCCAGGUCAGAGUCUGGUAAAGCUUGGGGUGACCAGGUCAGUGUCUGGUAAAGUUUGGGCAGGCCAGGUCAGUGUAUGGUAAAGAUUGGGGUGACCAGGUCAGUGUCUGGUAAAGUUUGAGGUGACCAGGUCAGUGUCUGGUAAAGUUUGGGCAGGCCAGGUUAGUGUCUGGUAAAGUUUGGGCAGGCCAGGUUAGUGUCUGGUAAAGUUUGGGCAGGCCAGGUCAGUGUCUGGUAAAGUUUGAGGUGACCAGGUCAGUGUCUGGUAAAGUUUGAGGUGACCAGGUCAGUGUCUGGUAAAGCUUGGGGUGACCAGAUCAGUGUUUGGUAAAGUUUGAGGUGACCAGGUCAGUGUCUGGUAAAGUUUGGGCAGGCCAGGUCAAUGUCUGGUAAAGUUUGAGGUGACCAGAUCAGUGUCUGGUAAAGUUUGGGCAGGCCAGGUCAGUGUCUGAUAAAGCUUGGGGUGACCAGGUCAGAGUCUGGUAAAGCUUGGGGUGACCAGGUCAAUGUCUGGUAAUGUUUGGGGCGGCCAGGUCAUUGUCUGGUAAGGUUUGGUGUGACCAGGUCAGUGUUUGGUAAAGUUUUGGCAGGCCAGGUUAGUGUCUGGUAAAGUUUGGGCAGGCCAGGUUAGUGUCUGGUAAAGUUUGGGGCAGCCAGGUCAAUGUCUGGUAGUAGCGACAACCUCCUUAGGUAAAAUUUAGGCCGACACAGGUGGCUGUAAUAUUGUCUUAUGAUUUAACCUAUAAACUAAUGAUUCUGAACUAGCUGAUUUUGUAUAGUGGCACAGUGGUAUAACACUGCUUUUUACCAAGGUUGGAUUCCCAGAUUGGAAGUAGAAAAGUAUGGGGUUCUCUGGCCAAACCAUGCAAUCUUUCUCUGUGUACAACUGUUUCCAUCCUCAGUAAUACCAACGGCACUACCAUCAGGGCCAACGAAAGUGAUUAAUAAAACUUGAUAUAAGAUGUUUUGCGAUUGUUUUAAAAUAAAUAAAAUUUUAUAUUUUAUAUUUAAAUGAAAUCUUUGAUGUAACUAUUGUUAAAAUUGUUAUGACAAGGUUUAAAGCAGAUUUUUAGCAGAUUAUUGUUAGAUUGAAUCACAUUAAAAUGAAAUGGAUAUUCCUAUGGUGCGUGUCUCUGAUGGGGUGAAGAAACAAGCAAGUCUUUGACUGAAACCUUUUCAUUUUUGUCUUAAGACCAUCUCAAUAUGUCACACCAUGAACUCGACCAUAGCAGUAUUUGAUCCGUUUCUUUCUUAAGUUCCAUUAUAAUUUUAUAUUCUGAAAGGUUGAGGAGGAUAUUCUUCAAUGAAAAGCAAAUCAGUGAUUGUUACAUGGUUUACUGUCAUUAAAGUUCAUCAUUAAUGUA